GCCAUUCUUUGCUGUUGACGGUGCCCACGGCUGCGUCACAUUAGCUCGUCCUCGUCCAGUCGUCAGUGGUCCCACCCCAAACGACUACUCUAAGAAUGGAUGCUACACCAUCUGAUGAAAAUCUCAUCAUUCCAUUCUCUCUCGACGAGUACGAGGACCGUCUAGUACCUGAAUUUCGACUCGAAGAUCGACUCGCGUUCUGGGACGGUCCGAUUCGCGCCUUCCUCCGCGAGCGUGGAUACGCGCUGUACAACAUCUGCUCAGUAUUCGAUGCCGCUGACUGCAGUCUUAUGUAUCCAGCACUGGAUACGCCCCACCGAUCCGCACCGGACGACGAUCGCUACGCGUUUAUGGAUCCCGUCGAACCGGGACAUGUCUCUUGCGAUGUCGUGGAGGGGCUCGAGAAGAGUUAUUUUGACUGCGUGGACAAGCCAUACGCUCGGGAGAAUCGUGGAAGAGCCGCCUACGCUCAAAGCAUCGACAGGCCGGAUCGGCAUGUUGCUGUCAAACUGGUCCGCAGUGAGAGCGUCGAGAUACACACGCUCAAGCUCAUCUACGACGCGUCGAAACGCGAACCCGUCCAGGGUCUCAUUCCUGUGCUGGAGAUCAUUCCGUUUCGCGGACAUUGGCUCGUUGUCAUGCCCAGAUGGGGAGAACGCAUCAUGUCUCCAUUCCCCACACUCGUUGGACCAACGUUGUCUCUUAUCGAAGAUCUGCUCGCAGGGCUGGCUUUUCUUCACAGCCACAAUAUCGUCCACCGGGACCACGGCUACAAGAACAUCCUCGUGAAUCACAUUCCAGUGCUCGGACACGAAGAAAUCUACGAUCCCCCACUGACUCGAGAACCAUUCCGCAACGCAGGCGUUCUCCAGCACGCCAUAUUCGAUUUCGACGUUGCUCUGAUAUACCCCGACCGCAAAUCCGCUCGCCUUCCAUACACGCUCUUCUGGCUGGGAGCAUACAAGCCCACCGAUGAGAUAUUUCAAGGCGAAUACGACUACGAUCCUUUUGCGGCGGACGUGUCCAUUUUGGGUGGGGAUCUUUGUUCUGAUCUUCAGUAUUACACACCCUAUGUGCCCAUCCUGGCACCCCUCUUCGAUGGGAUGCUGCACUGGCACGUGCCGUCUCGGCUGACGGCUUCCCAAGCCUUGGAUCUGCUCCGCUCACUCAGAGCUGAAUACCCGAAUCUGGACAAGCAGCCACUCUCUGAGAUCAAGAGGCAGUCCGUCCCUGUGUCGAAAUAUGACCGAUGGGCGGGAUUGCCCGACGACUUUGUCAAGCGGUGGGGCCAUCUCCGAACCCCGCCGGUUCCUUGGACGAGGUUGUUCCUGCGAAGGGUCUGCGAAUAUGGCUUCCUUGAAAGUUGCGUGCGGUUACUCAGACGCAUUAUCUCGUCCACCACAGCGCAAUUUGCCUGUGCAAUAUUGUUUCCUCGCACACUGUGUCGGCAAUGAGAUAUUCGCAAGAUGUUCGAGUUUUUGGUGGCGCCAUCGGGAAUCGAUUUAUGAACUUUCUAUUUGAACACCUGUGCAUGCGCAGAGGAUUCGAAAUCUCUAGCUUGGACACAACGACAUGUAAGUCUCAAACCAGGAGGGGAAACUUUAAGAUAUGGGCUGUUCGACUAUCGCACUAAAGUAACUCAAGCUCGCGUUGCUGCUUUUGCAUACAACAUACACGAUCUAUCUCAAGCUAAAUAUGAGAAAAACUACACCCUGUGUAAUAAUUACUUCACUCCCCGUCAGACACUAGCGAAACAUAGGCGCCGAAAAUGACCUCAGGAGGGAGCCGCUCUUCGAUCUGUUCGUGGAUGAAGGGAGCGUAGUACCCCUGCGUCUGCUGCUGACUGUCCAUCUGCGUGUCGAACACCGCCACGUCCAGGACCUGCAAUGCAUCCAGAUCGUUUAUCCACCCUCGGUCCUGGUUGACGGCACAGAAAAGCACCCAGCCGAGCGGCUUGCCCUCGGCGAGACUGUCCGUUGGAUAUUUCCGGAGGAAUUCAGAGACGGCGUCUGCGAACCGACGUUGGAUCUCGGUCCCAAGCACCCG